CUAAUUAGACAAUAUUGAAGCUAUAAUAUUUAUAUGAACGACUGCAUAAGACAAAACAUAUCUGAUCAAGAUGUCUGUAAAUAUACGUUGUGCAACUACGGAAGACUUGUUGAACAUACAGCAUUGUAAUUUGCAAUGCUUACCUGAAAAUUACCAAAUGAAGUACUAUCUGUACCAUGCUCUUUCCUGGCCGCAGCUGAGUUAUGUAGCGGAGGACGAGAAAGGAAGAAUAGUAGGAUACGUGCUUGCUAAGAUGGAGGAGGACUGCGAAGACAAUCCUCAUGGACACAUUACCAGUUUGGCAGUGAAACGUUCUCACAGAAGAUUGGGAAUCGCGCAGAAAUUGAUGAAUCAGGCGUCCAGAGCGAUGGUGGAAUGCUUUGGGGCGAAGUAUGUUUCACUGCACGUCCGCAGGAGUAAUCGAGCAGCCCUAAAUUUAUACACAAGCAGCUUGCAGUUUGAAGUGUCCGAGGUAGAACCGAAAUACUAUGCAGAUGGCGAAGAUGCUUAUGCAAUGAAGCGAGAUCUUACUAGCUUUCAUCACGAAAAAGCUCUCAGAGAUAGAGCGCACAAGGAAGGCAACGUUCACACACACCUAGGCAGAUGCUGCGGAGACCACGCUUAGUCUGUUCACCCUUGCUGCUGUCAAAACCAGGUUGGUUCUUAAAACUGAAUAAAUUUGAAAACAUCCAUUUAAUAUAUAUAUUUUUUUGUUAAGAAAUUUUCUAUUAUUGAUUGCUGAAUACUAAUUAAUUGAAAAUAAUUAUCAAUACGUAAAGUUGCUUCUUGUGGAGUUUCUACUUAUCAAAGUCUGACCAGAUACACAUUAAUAUAAAUGUUUUAUAUACAACUGUGCAUAGAAGCUACUUGUUAAGGUUUACACAAGGGAGGGAUGGAACUUUGGGACUGUUGUAUCUAUCAAUUGACAGAUUAUAUUACAUAGAUUUAUAUUGUGAGUUUCGUUCACACAUCAAAAUGUAAUUAAAGAAAAAAAAUUGAUAAAUUGUAACAUAAGGAAUAAAGGAUUUUCUGGAAA